AUGGCCGAACCUCCCAUGCCUGAUUUAUCACAUCUAAGUGCUGAGGAACGUCAAAUUAUUGAAGAAGUAUUACAACGACAGCGUGCCGAAGAAGAAAAAGAGACCCAACUUAGCCA